GUACUUUUAGCCAAAAACGUAUUUUUUGUUAAUGCGUGCUCGAUUGGUUACCAACCUGGUCUUUUCCUUUUAUUCGUUGAGGUUGUUGAAUCCCUUAAAUGUUGUCGUUCUUUGAGCCAACGUUUGCUGCACUUGGUUGUUAGAGCAACUAAAAGAUGCAAUUAACUAUUGAAACACUCUUUUGUUGUACAAAAAUUGAAAAUAGCUUUGAAAAAACAAGUAUUUUGAGUCAUACUAAAGCUUUACGUGUAACAGUCUUCCAAGUAUAAAGCAUCAGAACAUAGAUCGAAGCACUACGCUAAUAUAUACACCCAGUUGUAAAUUGUCUAUUGCUUCUCCAAGGACAUUCUAACAGCACAUGUUGUACCAAAUUUACACUUUCAAACAGCCAGUAGAUUUUCCCCUACUAUUUCUAUUCGUCUGAGUAAUCGAGGCUCUACUGAGGGCUAUAGGACCUCGCUUUCACGAGCUGGAGGCAACAACGGCAACAAAUGCUCCUUAUUCUAAACAGCAUGGUGUCAGUUCUUGAAACUAGUGAAGCAUAAUUUGAUUUGCUGGUAGUGCUUUGUUAUAGAGGCUAGAGGUAAUAUACAGACCAGCAGAGUUUGUUAAUUAGCAGGUUUAGAAUCAGCAAGAUCACAGGUCGCGAGUAAACAAUGCUUACUGUUAUGAUUUUUGUAGAACUUUUAGCGAAAGAAAUGCCUUUUCGUGUUUUAAUGUUGGAAAAGACUUUCGAUUCACUAACCAACUCAUUUUUGAGUUUACAUUAAUGAAAUUGUGCACAGAAAUGCAACAUUUGUAUUGAAUAAAAAAAAAUACUGCAAAGAGCAUACAUCGUUGUUCAGUUACUUACAUUUUGCAUUUGAAACGAGUGGCUUUAUGGAAAUGAUUUAAACAGCAGAUAUAUUCACGAGUGUUAAGAAUUUCUUCUCAAAUCAUGGCCGAGAAGAAUUAUAGUGAUUAUCCAGAGAAGGAUGGCAAAAGGUCAGGACUUGCAGAUCUUAUCACGACCAUUGGCGAAUGUGGUUUUAAGUGUAUCAAGGUGACGUUUUUUUGUUUCAACUUGAUAUUUUGUCUGGCUGGAAUUGCCAUUUUGGGGAUUGGAGUCUGGCUUCACGGUCAAAAAGACGAAGCAGCAAAGGACUACGCGCAUUUGUCUGGCAACAUCAACUACGUCAAUGGGCCUACAUUUUGCAUUGCAAUUGGUGUGAUCACGGUUCUCGUUUCGUUUCUUGCGUGCUGUGGAGCAAAAACUGAGAAUAUGUGCAUGCUCGGGUGUUACUCUGGUUUAUUGUUUGUAAUACUUGUAAUCGAGGUUGUAUCUAUUACAAUAACUUAUGUGUAUCGAGAAAGAAUCGAGAAUUCUCUCAAAAAUGAUUUCCAAAAGACGCUUAACAAAUACGGCCACGAAGACUGGACUCGACUCACAAAAUCUAUUGAUGAACUUCAAAAGGAUUUUAAUUGUUGCGGCAACAAAAGGUUUUCUGAUUGGUUUGAAACUCCUUGGGCUCUGAACAAUACAAACAGUGUGCCCCGAAGCUGCUGCAGGAAGAUUACUGAAAAGAAUUGUAAUACCGAUCUAAGUAAAGAUUCCAGGAAAAUCUAUCGACAUGGAUGUUACAAUCAUGUCAAAAAAUACUUAUUAGAAAACCUUCAUAUCAUAAGCGGAUUUGGAAUCUGGAUUGCCAUGAUUGAGAUGCUUGGCAUAGGCUUCUCAACUUGCCUUAUGUGUCGAUUGAAAAACAAGGCUAAGGAAUUCGUCUGA